AUGUUGAUAUUACAGGAUGGAGAGACACCAUUAAUUUUGGCCGCUGAGGAAGGACACCUGGAGGUAGUGACCUACCUCGUCACUCACGGCAGUCAAUUAGACGCUACAUCCUCGUGGGGAAGGACACCAUUAAUGUUGGCGGCUGAGGAAGGACAACUGGAGGUGGUGACGUACCUUGGCAGUAACGGCAGUCAGUUAGAGACUACAGACAACUAUGGACAAACAGCUUUACAUUAUGCUGCUGAGAAUGGACAGAUUGAUGUAAUAAAAUGUUUAAUAGAUCAAGGAUGCAGUCCUUGGGUGAAAUCAAAACAGGACACAGUGAUCAAAUCUGAUUUAGAGUUGUUAGUCAAACAAAGCGACUUAAAAGAACUUGUUACAAGUAUUGUUAGUCAAUUACUGAAUACACUAAAAGAUUCUAUCACUGCAGAAUUCAAUAGUAAGUUAAGAGAAAAAACAGGACAGUUGCAAGACAAUGUUGAUUCUCUAAACCUGGAAAAUCACCUUUUGAAGGAGAAACUAAGGGAGAAAGAAAUUAAGAUCAAGGAGUUGGAUGAAAAAGUGGAGGAUUGUAAUUUAAGAAGUAUGGAUGCUUUGAAAUCUGCAAAUUACAAUGAGCAAUAUUCAAGAAAGCACAACAUUCGCAUUGUGAACUAUCCAGAAAAAAACAAUGAACAUCUACAUGCUGAAUUUAUUAACCUUAUUAAAAAAGACUUGAAGAUUAAUUUGAAGCCUACUGAUUUGAUUGCCAUACAUCACAUUCCUGGAAAAGAUGGGGCAAUAUUGUAA